AAACCGUUCCUCAGCGUCAACGCGCGUCCGAUCUAGAAUACAACGAACGCCCAAGUAGCUUGCUGCGCGGCAUCGGUUGGUAUGUGCUAGCUUCUUAGUGGAGAUGUGCAUAUCCAGAAUUGGUUUAGUUCGCUUACGCCACAGAGCAAAGCUCACAUGUCCCUCGGGGAUUUUUUUAUUUUUUGCACUGCAAUAUAAUGUACUUCAACUUCUGAGAAGAGAACCGAACUUGGACAAAGACAAUCACAUGCAGGUAUGGAUCACAAACUUUAUUGAGUUGAAUUGUCUACUUAGCGUGAGCCUGUCGACGAGUCGAGAGCUAGCUCGCGUCAACAACCGUUGCACUACACGCGGUGCAGACCGACGGGAAACAAGAAACGGUGGUCGCGUUUCAGUAUAUUGACUGCAAAAUAUCAUGUCCUUGUCCACAACGGCGCCCAGGGUAAAUGCCGCUCUGGGCCAAGUUUUAUUCCGGCAACUAUUUGAGAAGGAGUCCAGCACCUACACCUACCUGCUUGGAGCGGCGAAUGGGGAGGCGGUUCUGAUCGACCCCGUUCUGGAGACGGUCGAGCGCGAUUUGAAGCUCGUGGAGGAGCUGGGACUCGUUCUCAAGUACGCGGUAAACACGCACUGCCAUGCAGACCACGUCACCGGCACGGGUAAAAUCAAGGAGAAGCUUGGCGGGGUGGUGCGGACCGCGAUUGGGGAACACGCGGAAUCGAAAGCGGACAUUUUGCUCAAGGACGGCGACAAACUGGAGCUCGGCGGGGCGUCCGGAGUCGAAGGAGGCGCUUUGUCUCUCACCGCGGUGCACACGCCGGGCCACACCGGGGGAUGCCUAACGUAUGUGCUGAACGAGGGGACCAUGGCGUUCACAGGUGUGUAAUUGAAAACUAGUUUUGAACGCUAUUUCUCAUAGAUCAAAAUGCAGAAAAUGAACAGGAUGAUAAGGACAAGCGAUCGAGCAAGAAAAGGACCAGAAUACCGCGAAGCGCAAGAAAAUUCUUGCUACGAUCGAAAGGAAAAGGAAAGGGAAAAGCCGAAUAAGGAAAAGCAAAGAAAUUAGAUCUGAUUUACGUUGAAUUAGCAUGACAAAUUGCCUUUUUACUACUUUCAAGGAGCUGAGCCAAGGCUACGGGCACAAUGGGGCUUGUUAGGAAUAUGAAAAUAGCAUUAGAAACUGGGAAAAACUAGACUCGGCGUAGGGAAUCUGCAAUGCGGAUUUUAAGGAUUGAAGAUGUAGCUUUAGAUGGUGUUCGCUUUUGACUCGGUAUUGUUGCUUCAGAAAAUCAACCUCUCCAUUUCGAAACUAGAUCCUCUACAGGUGACACACUGCUAAUCCGCGGCUGCGGGCGGACGGACUUUCAGAGCGGCUCUGCAAAGACUCUGUUCCGGUCAGUGCGGGAAAAGAUUUUCGGCCGGCUAUUCUAAGGAGAAACGUCCCCAUCCCAGAACUUGUUGGGAGCAUUGAUUUGUGUUGCAAACCUUUCUUCAAGCGAAAACAUGCGCCCUCUUGCCUUUAUCAGCAUCACAGGUCAUUUCCAAUGAAUCGUGAGUAGAAACCAUGCAAAAGUAGAUCCCAGGAAGAGCGGCGCUGGUCAUGCAAGCAAUGCUGUAUACGACUAGACUCUGCAUUAGAAAGACUAGUAGUCCUUUCAUGCAUGACAAAAAGUUUCCAUUUGGAAACUUCGCAAACUACUGCAUCUCUCGGGGUGGAGGCAUUUUUCACUGCAAUACCGGCUCCCAGAUAGCUGCGUACUGUACCCCGCGCACGACUACCAAGGGCGGACAAGCACGACCGUGUGGGAGGAGAAGAAGUUCAAUCCUCGCUUGGGUCUGGAAAAAACGGAGGCACAGUUCGUCGAUAUCAUGGACAAUCUGAACUUGCCGUACCCGAAAAAGAUCGACCAAGCGGUGCCGGCGAAUCAGGUCUGCGGAGUAUUUUCCGAGAGCAACUGAAGUGCGGGGGCGCGGGCGAAUUUCGGAGGAACUACUGUCCAUCUGGCUCUUGCCAGGCGCUGGUCUUUUUCUUUGCCGCUGCUCUUCACUGUGCCGGGGGUGAAGAUGGGACUGGCUUUCAUCGCACCAGCAUCUCAGUUGAUUCUUUCUGCGUAAGUCAAAGUAAAUCUAUGUUGUUGUUGCCUUGUAUGUCGUUGUGUACUAGCACAAAAAAUCUUCAUGUUUUUUCAGAGUCAUUUUCAUAAAUUUCACGAGUUUUUUAAUUUGGAAUUGACCUCCUCUGUUGUUCCGGUGUAGAAGUCUCAGACUUUGACUCCUCUGUUGAACAAAUAGGGUUGUAGUCUCGCGAGAUUCCCUCGCGAAUAAAUUGCAAUUGUAAUAAUUGUAAUCCGCUGAUGAACAACAAAAA